GCUUCUCCCUCUCCUUGCAGGCUCAAUGUGGGUAAGAAUGACCUGUUGACCUUCUACGAUGGCGAUGACCUAACAGCUAACAUCCUGGGUCAGUACAGUGGCACCAGGUCUCGCUUCAAGCUCUACACCUCCAUGGCUGAUGUCACCAUCCAGUUCCAGUCGGACCCUGCUACUAACAUCUACGGCUACGGCAACGGCUUCGUGGUCCACUUCUUUGAGGUCCCCAGGAACGAUACAUGCUCUGAGCUGCCAGAGAUCACCAACGGCUGGAAGAGUACCUCCCACCCGGACCUGAUCCACGGGACAGUGGUCACCUACCAGUGUUACCCAGGUUACGAGGUGCAGGGCUCGGAGAUCCUAAUGUGCCAGUGGGACCUGACGUGGAGUGGAGAUGUGCCUAGCUGUGAGAAAGUAAUGACAUGUCCGGACCCGGGGACUGUGGAGCACAGUCGGAGAGUGCUGACGGGAUCCCGCUUCAUGGUGGGAUCAACGGUGCAGUAUGUGUGCAAUAAGGGCUACUCCCUGUCUGGAAGCACACUGCUCACCUGCUACAACAGAGACACAGCUAACCCCAAGUGGAGUGAGAGGCUUCCCAAGUGUAACCCGGAGAGGUACGAGCCCUGCAGGAACCCUGGCGCUCCGUCCACCAGCGUGCAGAGCUUAGAAAAGGCCUUCUACCAGGCCGGGGAGACCCUGAGCUUCACCUGUCGUACCGGCUAUGAGAUGCAGGGGGAGCCCACCAUCCGCUGUGUCCCUGGACACCCGUCACAGUGGAGCGGAACACCACCUGCCUGUAGCGCAUCCUCCUCGCAGUAUUUGAACGAGCGCAAGUUGGAUGUUGCUAGUCCUGACUACGGUAUGGAAGGAAGCAACAUUGUCAUUGCUGUUCUGAUUCCUGCUGCGGUUGUACUGCUAGUCAUCCUGGGGAUUUACCUCUACUUUGCAAAACUUCAGGGGAAGACCAUCAGAAUGCCAACAUCAUCCUUGCCGCCAUAUGACAACAUGACAGAGGAGUCUGCCUUUAAUAACCCAAUCUAUGAGACAGGACCCCGGCAGGCGUUCUGUGAUUACUAAUGACUGUGUCUGUCUGUCCCUCCUUGGCUGCCUGCAGAAGAACAACGAGGUAAGGCCUUCUUCUGAUGCCGACUGUCCAUCUUAAAGGGCACACCUAAACUACACCUCAACCACUGUCAUCUGUCACUGCAUCCACUUCCAGCCAGCUGUCCACUGUACCGAACUGGUGUCAACACUUCAGUCAACACCUUGUGGGGUUCCUCACAACACAGCUCCCUGACCCUCACUUCAUCGCUCCUUCUCUCUAUUUCUCUCUCUUUCUCUCUCUAACAUGUACUAUUAACUUCAAUUGGAAAAGAAAAUACCUUUACAUAACAUCUCACUGUUAAUGAAAGUAAAGUAUGGGGUGUCAGUGAAAUGUGAAGCUUAAAUUUACUACAUUAUUGUUGUUGCACUGAUGUCCUGUCUUUUUCAUGUUCUCGCACUCUCUUGUCAAUCAGUUUGAAACAAUAUUAAAGAAUUUCUGUUCUGA